AUGGCGUCCUCUCUGAAUACCAUCGUUGCUGGUGUCGACUUCGGCACCACGAAGACAUGCGUAUCCUACUGUUUCCGCAAUGGGGGCAGAUCAAGCAACCCAACCAUUCAUUCGUGGACUCCCACCGGCUGCACAGAAAACAUGAUCCCCUCAGUCGUUUCCUACACCCCGGACGGCAGCUGUCUGUAUGGACCGGAAGUGUCGCCCCAGAUGAAGUCUUUGGUCUGGCAGAAGCUGCUCAUUGAGGGCCCUGGGGAGCGCAAUGCCUUCAAUCCUGCAGGCAUAGAAAGGGCACCUUGGGUGAGGUUGUGA